AAUAGAGUAACAAGUGUGCGCGAGCCACGCCUAUUAAACAAAAGAAGUAGAGACUGACAGCCAGGAGUAAUCGUUUAGUUCUACUAACUUCUCUGUUGCGCUACUGCAGAGAGAAUGGAGCAUCUUGGCCGAGCUUUGUGCAUCAUCACAGGGGCUUCCAGAGGCUUUGGCCGGGCUGUUGCGAAGGAGAUGGCCCGGCUGGUGAAGCCUAGAUCGGUGUUCGUACUGGUAGCCCGAUCCGGAAACGAGCUGCGGGCUCUGCAAACAGAGCUGGCCGAAUCGGACCUGGAGGUUCGGUGCGUGAUGGCAGAUCUGUCCCAGAUGGAGGCAUUGGAGAGCGUCGUCCGAACCGCAAAAGAAGCUUUCUCGGGGGACAUAGAACAUGUCAUUCUCGUCAAUAACGCUGCCUCUCUAGGUGAUGUGUCCCGUUUCUCCAAAGGCUUCACCAACAUGGCCGAAGUGGACUCAUAUCUUUCUUUGAACAUAACCUCUGCUCUGUGCCUUACUGCCAGUGUGCUGCAGGCCUUUCCAAAGCAGUUAGGUAUGCGCCGCUGUGUGGUAAACAUCUCCUCACUGUGCGCCGUGAAGCCAUUCCGCUCUUGGGUGCUGUACUGUACUGGAAAGGCAGCCAGAGAUAUGAUGUUCAAGGUUCUGGCUGAAGAGGAACCAGACCUGCGUGUGCUCAACUAUGCUCCAGGUCCUUUGGACACAGACAUGCAGUUAGUCGCCAGGACCAAAACUGGGGAAUCGAGCUUAAGGAAGGCGUUUUCAGACAUGUUUGAUGAAGGCCAGCUGCUUACAUGUGAAGCUUCCUGUACUAAGAUGAUGAAGCUACUGCUCGAAGACAAAUACACUUCAGGAGAUCACGUUGACUUCUAUGACGUCUAGACCCCAAAAUAUAUCAUAGCACAGCACACUUUCAGUCGUAGAGUUUGGCCUCGAUUGUUCAAGUGCUUCCUUUGUUACUCUUGUAUCUGUAGUUGAAGUUGCAUUUAUUUUGUGUUAAAUUAACGGUACGGUGAAGAGCUAUUUUUUAACAGUAGUUUGAUGAAACUUUUUAAUCAAUGAUUCUGAAAAGAAACUGUCGGCAUACUAAAUAUAUUUUAUGGGCUUUUAUUGUAACUCUUUAUGAGAAUGCAAUUGAUUUUGUGGCCUUAAAUGUGUCAUGGUAAUUUUAGUUUGAUGGUGUAGAUUAAGAUUAAGUUCACUUCUGAUCAAAAUGUAAGAAAAUUCUAUGUAGUUCUAUACCGUAUUUAGGGAUUGAAAAAUAUGAAAACAUUUCCUAUAUCUUCACCUGCGUGCAUUUUUAACCUAACUGAAAAACGGACCAAAGUCUUACUGCAUUUGAGAUUUUCCUUGUGUUGUUGUCUGUAUCAUUUUUCUGUACAAUUCAGGAAAUAGUAAGAAAUCUGAGUACUGUACUAAUAUUACUAAAUCUAUAAAAUUAUUAAUUUUUUUUCCUUUUGUUAUCUCUUGUUCACCAUGAUAAAGACCAAUGGUUUUACAGAUUAAUGUCCACAGACCAUUUCCCACUCAUUAUCUUUCCCUUUCUAGAUUAUUCUUAACGAUCCAGCAAUUAUCUGAGCAAUUUAUCCUCACAAGUGUCGUCGGAGUGCUGGAACGGUUCCCAGACUCAAAUCUACACGCAAUUUAGAGUCUCCAAUUAACGUAUCAUUUUCGGGAUGUGGGAAUAGACAGCAGUGCCCAGAGAAAACCCACGCAGGCACAGGGAGAACCUGCAAUUUCCACACUGGCGGAUCUGGGAUUUUAACCCUGCUCCUCAGAACUGUGAUGCAGGAACUCUUAACCAGCUGUUCCACCCAUAUUGCAGCUUUUUUUUCCAGUGCCCUUGCACUCAUGGCAGUCUGCAUUACAAAUAUGUUUGGAACUUAAUUUCUCUCCAUACAUAAUUGGAGCUGAUAGACAGAUGUUAAAAUGAUUAUUUGCAGCUGUAUCACACAAAUAAUUCAUUAAAAAAAUCAUACAUUUGGGAUUUCAGGAUUUUUCUUUUUAGAUUCUCUCUUACAGUAGACAUGCACCCACAAUGAAAAUUUCAGACCCCUCCAUGAUUUUUAAGUGGGAGAACGUGCAAUAUAGCAGGGUGUUCAAAUACUUAUUUUCUUCACUGUAGGUGCAUGUCCACUGUGAGAGAGAUAAUCUAAAAGGAAAAAUCCAGAAAUAACUGCAUGAUUUUUUUAAACAAUUUAUUUGUGUGCAUCUUCAAUGCUCUGACUGAGGGAAAGAGGUUGUUCCCCAAAAUCUCGCAAUACAUGGCCGUGGUCAUCCUCUCCUUUGUACAGUGCAGUCGUCCUGUCCCAUGUACAGAAAAACAUCCCCAAAGCAUGAUGCUACCACCCCCAUGCUUCACAGUAGCGAUGGUGUUCUUGGGAUGGAACUCAUCAUUUGUCUUCCUCCAAACACGGUUUGUGGAAUUAUGACCAAAAAGUUCCAUUUUGGUCUUGUCUGACCACAAAACCUUCUCCCAUGACUUCUCUGCAUCAUCCAAAUGGUCAUUGGCAAACUUAAGACGGGCCUUGACAUUUCCUAGUUUAAGCAGGGGAAACUUCCAUGCCAUGCAUGAUUUCAAACCACAACGUCCUAGUGUAUUACCAACAGUCACCUUGGAAAUGGUGGUCCUUGAUCUUUUUAGGUCAUUGACCAAGUCCUGUCGUGUAGUCCUGGGCUGAUUCCUCACCUUUCUAAGGAUCAUUGAGACCCCACGAGGUGAUAUCUUGCAUGUGGCUCCACUCCGACUGAGAUUGACCGUCAUGUUUAGCUUCUUCCAUUUUCUAACGGUUGUUCUAACAGUGGACCUUUUUUCACCAAGCUGCUUGGGAAUUUUUCCGUAGCCCUUUCCAGCCGUGUGGAGUUUUACAAUUUUGUCUCUGGUGUCUUUGGAGAGCUCUUUGGUCUUGGCCAUGUUACACGUUUGAGUCUGACUGAUUGUAUGGGGUGGACAGCUGUCUAUCUGCAGCUAACGACCUCACACAGGUGCAUCUGAUUCAGGAUAAUACAUGGAGUGGAGGUGGACUUGUAAAGGCUGACUAACAGCUGAUAGACAGGUGUUCAAAUACUUAUUUGCAGCUGCAAAACCCAUGCAGUAAUGGGGAGAACAUGCAAACUCCACACAGGGAGUGAACUGAGAACUGUGAGGCCAACGCUUUCCAGCUGCUCCAUCGUGCCACCCUGAAAUAUUCAAGUUUGGCAAAACAUAUGACUACACUGCUUGACCAAUUGUUGUUGUUGUUUCUUAAAGAGUUUUCUAAACAGAAAUACGUAAAAAUAAAAUGUAUGUUGCAUUCAAACUUCCCUGAUCCUGUACAAUUUGUCCAAAAUGUGACUUAAGUAAAUGUAAUGUAUUACUACACUCCCCUGGUUGUGACAUUCAGCCACCCAUUGAGCAUGUUAGGAAUGUUCUGGAUCAACCUACAUCACAGUUACACUUUCUACCAAUGUCCAGCAACUUAACACAGCCAUUGAAGAAGAGUGGCCCAACAUUCCACAACCCACAAUCACCAACCUGAAGGCAAAGGAGAUGUCUUGCACUGCUCGAGGCAAACAAUCGUAAACAUAGUAUCGGUAUUUGUUUUCAGUGUUGCUGUGAUUAUUCAUGCACAUAAAUGCAGGCAUGUUUAUUCAUGGUAACCAUAACUACAUGGCCUGGAACAAAAAAUUGUCUUAGUUUGUUUAGUUCAGCUAAUUCAAAAUGAGAGCAAAAACAGAUGUGCAUUUAUAUUGACUGAAAUAUUACAUUAAUGUGGCGGCACGGUGAAUCAGAUGGAAAGUGGUGCCCUCACGGUUCUGAGGUCCCGGUUUCAAACCCGGACCCACCUGUGUGGAGUUUGCAUGUUCUCCCUGUUCCUGUGUGGGUUUUCUCCAGGCACUCCUCCCACAUCCUGAAAACAUGCAACAUUAAUUGGACACUCCAAACUGGUCCUAGGUGUGAUUGUGAGUGUGGCUGUUAGUCUUGAUGUGCCCUGCGAUUUGCUGACAACCAGUUCAGGGUGUACCCCGCCUCCUGCCUGUUGACAACCGGGUUAGGCUCCAGCACUCCCUGCGACCCUUGUGAGGAUAAGCAGC